AUGAGUUUGAUUCACUAAAAAUUACCAUAAUUUGACAUUAUAAGAGUUGCUGGCUCAGGGAGCUUUGGUUAUGUUUUUGAGGCCUAUGAUCAUAAUAGAAAGUAAAAAGUUGCUCUAAAGAGAAUCGAAAAGGUUGGAACUCAACUUAGUAGGGAAUAUGAAAUAUUGUUUGAAGUUAAGGAAUGUGAACAUGUAGUUAAAAUCCUUGAUUUCUUCUAUUCAAGAAAUGAGGCGGGGAAAUUAAUUCAAAAUAUCGUAUUUGAAUAUAUGGAAGAUAAUCUUGAAAAUAGAAUUUAAGCUUUUAUCAAAUAAAGGAAGACAUUCUCUGAAUUGACAAUAAAAUGUUACAUAUAUUAGAUUUUAAAAGGAUUAUAAUUCAUUCACCAAAAAGGAAUAGUUCAUCGCGAUCUAAAGCCUGAGAAUGUCCUGAUAAAUAAUAAAGAGUAAAUCAAAUUGUGUGAUUUUGGAAGUUCAAAAUUGAUCACUUCAACAAGUCAAAACACUCCAUAUAUAGUUUCUAGGUAUUAUCGUGCACCUGAAUUGAUACUAUGCUUAACUAAAUAUGGAGUUUCUGUUGAUAUUUGGGCAUUAGGUUGUAUAAUGGGAGAGUUGGUAAUAAAAGAAGCUCUUUUUAAGGGGAAAAGUGAAGGAGAUUAAUUGUUUGCAAUAUUGAAAGUGAUGGGUAGUUUUAGUAAAAAAGAUGUGGAGUACUUUUCAAGCAAAGUUCCUUUUGAUAAUCAAUCAAUAUUUAAGGAACUCUCGAGAUAUAAAAAAUAAAAUCUCAGAUAAAAAUUUAGUUAAAUUAAAGAUUUAGAUAAUUAUUUAGAUUUAUUGAAUUCGAUGUUGCAAUACAACCCUGAAAAGAGAAUCAGUGCUAAGGAUGCUCUUAAACAUCCAUUUUUUAAAGAUGUAGUAAAUGAGUGA